AUGGUUCACAAGGAUCAGUGCGUGUCUGAAAUAACCAGUGCAGAAGUUCUAGAGCCAUUACCCUCAACUAGUGGCACCACUAAGCAAGCAACGCAGGAAUUAACGGAAGCAGAUCAUCCUGAAGAAGAAGACCCUGACCUCUACACAUGUUUCGCUCACUCUAAUCGUGAUAUCAAUAUGCAAGAGAAAGACAACCUUAAUCAAAUCGUUCGGACAUUCGAGUGA